AUGGCUGAACAUCCGCAUUCCAACCAUACCUUAACUGCCCCUCAACCUGAACCUCAACCCGAACCCGAACCAACACCGGAACCAGAACCAGAACAACCACCGCCAUCAUUACCACCACCAACGCCGCCAACCAAAGAAGAAACUCCACCGGUCCACACAGAAAUGGUGGAUUCAGAACAACCGAAAAACAAAAUGAAAUUCAUGAAGGAUAGAUUGAUCAUGUUAGCAUUCCUUCUAUCCCUCCCCAUUAUUGCUAUAAUCGCAUGGCUACUCUUCAUGCAUGAUGGAUAUGACUGCGAAUAUUUGUUGAGAAUGAACAAGCUAUAUGUCGGCAUUGUUUCUGCUCUUGUAGUAUUGCUUGUACUGGAUUGUGCGGCAUUGUUCAUGAUCACGAAACCUGCAUUGCGAAUGCCAGCUGUAAUCUUAGUCAUGAUCCCGGUGAUCGUGGUGUUUAUUGUGGGACUUGGAGUAGUUGGAGGAUUUCAGAUGGAAAGUAGAUCCAUGCCUGGUUCGCCUCAACGGCUGAAGCUGCAUAUAUAUGACACGAAUCGCUGGAGCUCCAUCAAAUCCUGCUUGUACGACAAAAGUAUCUGUCAAAUUUUAGCAUACAGGACGAGUAUCAAGCCUUAUGAUUACACAGUAAAAAAACUGUCAACAGUUCAGGCGGGGUGUUGCAGGCCACCAGCAAGCUGUAACAUGGAGUACGUGAACGCGACAUACUGGGAAAGAAGGGACGCAUCAGAAGAUAAGAGUAGAGCACAUGACAGUGACUGCGAUGUGUGGACGAAUCAAGAAUCCAUAUUAUGUUAUAACUGCAAUAGCUGCAAAGAAGGGUUUAGAAGAACGGUCGGGAGAAAGUGGAUCAUAUUGGGAUCCUUGUUGAUUUCAGUUGCCAGCUUACUCUUUAUCGUGCAUCUGAUUCUGUUUAUCGUUUCUAUGUUUGAGAGCGUUGGAAGAUAG